AACCGCCUAAUAAAAUUGGAAUAUGGAAGUCGAAACUAGUCUUUGCUUCAAUAAUCAAUAAUGACAUGAAACAGCAUUUCCAAUUCGUCAAACCCUCCAUUAAAUUAAUAUCAACAACUCCCAAAUCUCGCUCUCUUCUUCCUAAAUAUUCCACCAUUUUUUGUUCCGAAGUUUAUUACUGAUCAUAACCAUGGCUGCUGCUUCCAAAUCUGUUCUGAUGAUCCUAUUAUUGAUUUCUGAGUUAUCAGCUCUAGUACUUAUGGCUUCCACUCAACCAGAUCUUUUAUCUCCUCUUCUCUCUCCUAUUAUUGGUAAUAUCUGCAAAAGAGUAGGAUGUGGAAGAGGCAAUUGUAAGAUGUCUGAAAAUAGCGUGUUUGAAUAUAAAUGUGAAUGUGAUCCUGGUUGGAAACAAUCACUUUUCGAUAAUUCUACUCAUCUCAACUUCUUGCCUUGCGUCAUCCCCAAUUGCACUCUGAAUUAUUCGUGUGCAGCAACACCAACUACACAACAAACUCCAUCAAAUACAUCGACCAAUGAUCCUUGCAGGUGGGCUAAUUGUGGUGGAGGUUUGUGCAACAAAACAUCAGAGCUCACAUAUCAAUGCCAUUGUAAAGAGGGAUACAACAAUCUCUUCAAUAAUACUGCUUUCCCCUGUCUCAAUGAAUGUUCAAUUGGUGGGGAUUGUCCCAAUUUGGGCCUUUCUGUGGCUAACAGAUCAACUUCAGCUCCUCCCAGUUUACCUGAAAGAGGCAGCAAUCAAGCAAACUCGCAGAAACACGGAGUCUUGUCGUACGGGAUGAUCGCGUUCGCUGUUUCCAUUGUUGCACUUGUUGUAUGAGCUUCGGAUUCCUACUUGCAUUUGGUUUAGAAUAUAUAGUAGUACAAAUUAUGAGUUUCUAGCUGAUAGUCCAUGCAGGUUUCUACGGCUUAGAUAUGACAAUUGAUUAUUGGAACUGAUCUCUUAGGAUGUGUAUACUUAGAAUAGUAUGUUAUUUGUGAUUAUAAAUUUGAUCAUUAUUCUGUUAUUUGCGAUUAUAAAUUUAAUUAUUAAUCUGUUAUUUGUUAUUAUAAA